AUGGCACCCAGGCUAGCUGAACGUGUUCUCUUCUCUGUCUGUUCCAGGAAGUUCAACCAGAACUUUGUAGCCCAGCUCUGGUACUUCGUCAAGUGUAUUUACUUCGGGUUAUCUGCCUAUCAGAUCCGCUGCGGUUACCCGACCCGCAUCCUCGGAAACGUCCUCACCAAGAAAUACAACCACCUCAACCUGUUCCUCUUCCAAGGGUUUCGUCUUGUGCCGUUCCUGGUGGAGCUGCGGGCCGUGAUGGACUGGGUUUGGACAGACACCACUCUGUCCCUGUCAGACUGGAUGUGUGUGGAAGAUAUCUAUGCCAACAUCUUUAUCAUUAAAUGCAGCCGGGAAACAGAAAAGAAAUACCCCCAACCUAAGGGACAGAAGAAGAAGAAGAUAGUGAAAUACGGCAUGGGGGGACUAAUCAUUUUCUUCCUAAUCUGCAUCAUCUGGUUUCCCCUUCUCUUCAUUUCAUUGGUCAGAUCGGUGGUGGGUGUGGUCAACCACCCCAUCGACGUCACAGUCACUUUUAAACUGGGCGGCUAUGAGCCCCUGUUCACUAUGAGCGUGCAGCAGCAGUCCAUCAAGCCCUUCACAGCCGCCGAGUACGAGCAGCUCACCAAAACCUUCGGAGACAACGCAAAAGCCAUGCAGUUCAUCACCCUGUACAGCUAUGAGGACAUCGUGACGGCCAUGAUUGAGGGCAGCUCAGGAUCCGUGUGGAGGAUCAGCCCCCCCAGUAGGCAGGAGGUGGUCAAGGAGCUUCUGGGAAGCCCUAUGGACCUGACCCUCCGUCUGGCCUGGACCUUCCAGAGGGACCUGGGUAAGGGGGGGACAGUGGAGCACACGUUUGGCAAACACUCGAUCGACUUGGAGCCUGGGAACCCGGUCAGAGCAGAGCUGGCAUCUCUGCUCAUCGGCAACCGGACGGAGCCUGUCCUGGUUCCCAAUAUGUUCCCCAACUACAUGCGGGCCCCAAAUGGAGCCGAUGCCAAACCCGUCAGUCAGCUCUACAAAGAUGAUGAAGACGAUUACCAGGACAUCACUCUGUCCCUGAUGAGUGACCGGACGCCAAACAGCUCAGGGAACCAGGAGUGGUGGGACAUCGCCAUCGCCAGAUGCAAGCCGGCGUCAUGCACCGUGCUCCCCAUGGUCAUAUUCAACGACAAGGUUAGCCCGCCGAGCCUGGGCUUCCUGGCCGGAUACGGGAUCAUGGGUCUCUACGUGUCCGUGGUUCUGGUCAUCGGGAAGUUCGUCCGUGGGUUCUUCAGUGAGAUCUCCCACUCCAUCAUGUUCGAGGAGCUGCCCUGCGUGGACCGGAUCCUGAAGCUCUGCACAGACAUCUUCCUGGUUCGGGAAACAGGAGAGCUGGAGCUGGAGGAGGAGCUCUACUCCAAGCUAAUCUUCCUCUAUCGGUCUCCAGAGACGAUGAUCAAAUGGACCCGAGACAUCCACCUCAAGGAGCAGGACUGACCCGAUUGGCCGCCGGAGGCUGCGGCUUGGCAGGCGUGGGACCUGAACGCUCUCCUCAUGCUGGACUUUUUGUGUUUUUGCUGCUGCUGAUCCGACCGGACUCGGCACCGUGCCGUCGGAGCGAGGCCUGACGGCUGGACUCCUGUUGGAGCUUUGAACUGGGCUGUGUUUGUAGAACCAGCAGCUAUUGGGGCGGUACCUGCUGGGGGAACUGGCUGCUGCUCACAUGACCACCUCCAGCCCAGAGGGGGUCAGAGGUCCCUGGAAAACAUGUGUUAAAUAUAAGAUGGCUCCAUGAAGAUCCCAGAGCUUCAUCAGCUGCAGAGCAGCCUUCCUCCAUCUAGGUGGUCUAGGUCUAGGUGGCCUCGAGCAAACCUCAGACUACACUAGGUUCCAAUUUCCUAUAAAAAACUGGACUGAAGAAUCAUAAAGAUGAAAUGUUUUGGUUUUCAGUUUAACUCAUUGACCUCAGUCACCUGGACGAUCAACUUAAGGAAAACUUUACGUUCCACAUUUUUCAGCAGGUUUCAAACAAUACGGGGAAGAAAAAGGAUCAUCACUGUUAGAAAUAGUGCUGUGGUUUGGAGAAGGGAUGAAAACUUUGAAUAUUUCACUCCAACUGAAGCAUCAGAGUCGUGAUCAGAGGCUUAUCAGGACCAGCGACGGGUUCAAACAGAAGAAUUCAUCAGAUUUAGGGAGCAGCUGCUAAAUCACCGUUUAAAUUAGCAAACUGCCAGAGUCCAACCGACUGAACGGGUUCUGACCAAUAGAAACGCUGUUGCUAGGUCCAAACAGAGCAGACUCAUUUCUAUUGGUCCACGCAGAGACCAAUCAGAAGGCUAGAGGGGGAAACUCUGAGAAGAAUCCAGUUUGUAAAACUCUGCAUUCGGCUUCACCUGCCACAAAAGGCAAACAAAUAAAAUAAUAAUUAUAUUUGUUUGGAAUUUGGAAGAUAAAAUCUGAAAACGAAGAAAUGGAAACGUUUUAUAAAUAAAGAAUUAUGAAAAAAAAUUAUGGAUAAAUAUAAUUUGGAAAAUAAAAUCUGGAGAAAAAAGUACAUAAAAAAAACUCCUCUAAAAAUCAACGGUUAAACUUAUGCAUAUAUGUUCUAAAUUACUCUGAAACAUUUGUUGAUUGUGAAAUCUUUCAUUUCUAAAACACAUAAUCCUCAAAAUUCUUUUUAUAUCUCUGCUUUCAAUACAAUUGGAUGGGAUUUCUCUGUGUAGCAUCGUUAGCAUAGAGCGAGUCGGUCCGUGUAGCCUUCCCUCCCUGCUGCCGUGGCGCCGUACCUUCUGUGGAGCGAUCAUCCUCAUGCUGGACGCAGCGUCGCCUCGGCCUGCAGAGAACACCUCUGUGCUCAGAAACAGAGAAACUCGUGGUGCCUUCAGGGCCCCACUGGGCUCCAGGUCAAUCUGAUCUCAUCUCAUAUGCAAAUGGAAUUGUAAUUUUGAUAUUAACACUAUUGUAACAUAAAAAGCUUUUUUAACAAUUAAA